GAGGACACUAUAGAGACUCAUUUUUCAUUCUUAAAUGGACCAUUGCUAAUUUUUCAUUCACAGUCAUCUCUGGGAUUAAAGUCCACUUAUAAAAGGAUUUUGUACCUUGUGUGGAAUCUGGUGUGUGAAGAUGACUGGAAGACGCCCCUCACCACCUCCCUGUUCUUUGUAGGCGUGCUCUUUGGCUCAUUCGUGUCUGGCCAGCUGUCUGACAGGUUUGGCAGGAAGAACAUUCUCUUUGCAACCAUGGCUGUGCAAACUGGAUUCAGCUUUCUGCAGAUUUUCUCUAUCAACUGGGAGAUGUUCACUGUGCUAUUUGUUAUAGUGGGCAUGGGCCAGAUCUCCAACUAUGUCGUGGCCUUCAUACUAGGAACUGAAAUUCUUGGCAAGUCAGUUCGCAUUAUAUUCUCCACGUUAGGCGUGUGCACGUUUUUUGCAAUUGGCUACAUGGUGCUGCCACUGUUUGCUUACUUCAUCAGAGACUGGCGGAUGCUGCUGCUGGCUCUGACGGUGCCUGGAGUGCUGUGCGUCCCGCUGUGGUGGUUUAUUCCUGAAUCUCCCCGGUGGCUGAUAUCCCAGAGAAGAUUUAGAGAGGCUGAAGAUAUCAUCCAAAAGGCUGCAAAGAUGAAUAAGAUAGCUGCACCAGCAGUGAUAUUCGAUCCGGUGGAGCUACAGGAGCUGAACUCCUUGAAGCAGCAGAAAGUGUUCAUUCUGGACCUGUUCAGGACUUGGAAUAUUGCCACAAUAACCAUUAUGUCUUUACUGCUAUGGAUGCUAACCUCAGUGGGUUACUUUGCUCUGUCUCUCAAUGUUCCUAAUUUACAUGGAGAUGCUUACCUGAACUGUUUCCUCUCAGCCCUGAUUGAAGUUCCAGCUUACAUCACAGCCUGGCUGUUACUAAGGACCCUGCCCAGGCGUUAUAUCAUAGCUGGGGUACUCUUCUGGGGAGGAGGUGUGCUCCUCUUGAUUCAACUGGUACCUGCAGAUUACUACUUCUUGUCCAUUGGUCUGGUAAUGUUGGGGAAAUUUGGGAUCACCUCUGCUUUCUCCAUGCUGUACGUCUUCACAGCAGAACUCUACCCAACCCUGGUCAGGAAUAUGGCUGUGGGGAUCACCUCCACGGCCUCCAGAGUGGGCAGCAUCACUGCUCCUUACUUCGUUUACCUGGGUGCUUAUUACAGACUUCUGCCCUACAUUGUCAUGGGCAGUCUGACUGUCCUGAUUGGAAUUGUCACCCUUUUUUUCCCUGAAAGUUUUGGAGUUACUCUACCAGAGACUUUGGAAGAGAUGCAGAAAGUGAAAGGGUUCAGAUGUGGGAAAAAAUCAAGAGUCUCAAUGGAGAGAGAAGAAAAUCCCAAAGUUCUAAUAACUGCAUUCUGAUGAACUUUCUACCAUAUUUGACAAGCUGAAAUAUACAGAAGACCCUAAGAAGAAACUAAAGCCUUCCUUGCCGAAUGGACUCACAAUAGCAAUUAACAUCCAAAUGGACCUUGAUGUGGAGAAAUGCUACUCAUCUGGCAUGCUCUGGACCACGCUUCCAGACCGUCCACUUGUCUUCAAGAACAAGCAUUUCUAGAGACUCUUCCUUACUAAUUAAU